AUGAGUGUUUUCGACGAGAUAGCCGAGAAGGCUGGCGAUGCCCAAUGGGAUCAGUGGAAGGAUAAAAUUCUUGGAGCUCGUUCUGAAAUUGCAUCAUUUGUUGCUUGUCGACUUGGCCGUGACGCUGACGAGGUUAUUGACUGGUUCGAGGGCUCUUUUAAUUUCUGCCUCCGAGUUGUGUUCAACGAUGCAGGCGCAGACGCCGUUACUCGACUCCCUGGACCUGGACACACAACUUUUAGGGACGAAAAGGUUGCCAAUGAGGUUCAGAUUAUCAAGUUCCUCCAUAAGCACACGAAUAUCCCUAUACCACGGUUGUUAAGCUGGGGCUUAACUAAGGACAGCCUAUACCACUUUGGACCGUUCAUCAUCUCAGAGUUUGUUGAGGGAGUUCAUUUAUCUGAUAUUCUUAGAGACCCAGCUGUUCCUACAAAGAUCUAUCUCAAUCCAAACAUUAACAGUCAAAUACUAAAUGUUGUAUUUGAGCAAAUUGCUAAUAUCUUACUCCAGCUCUUUCAAUUCAACUUUUCUCGUAUUGGAGCAGUCUCCAAGGACCCGACUUUAGACACAUGGUCCGUCACUGGACGGCCUCUCACCUACAGCAUGAACGAAUUAGCAACCACAGCUUUCUAUCCUCUCGAUAAGUUUGCCACUGGUCCAUUUGAAUCUGCAAGUGGCUACUUCAGGCACCUCUCCCACGAAAAUUUGACUCAUCUUUUCACCCAGCGCAACCUCUCUUCCACCACGGAUGAAGCUGAGGAGCAAUACGUUGCACGGCAUCUAUUUGCGCGCCCAAUUGACAAGCACUGCAUUUGCGACAAUGGCCCCUUCAAACUGUUUUGUGACGACCUUCGACCUCAGAAUAUACUUGUAGAUCCGAAAUCUCUCCGCAUAACGGCCGUCCUCGACCUCGAAUUCACAAAUGCCAUGCCGAGCCAGUUCGCGUCGGACCCGCCGUGGUGGUUGCUACUAGUUGGACCAGAUUCGUACCUUUUUCGGGGUCACAGCAUGGAGGAGUUUCUGUCAGCUUAUGAGCCCCGCUUAGAGCAGUUUCUGGAAGUAAUGAAACGGGUUGAGAGGUCAAGAGGAAUGCUGUGCACUGGGAAAUCUCUUUCUAGUCUUAUGCACGACUCGUGGGUUACGAAACGCUUUUGGUAUAACUACGCAGCGAGGAAACCUUUUGAUGUUGACAAGCUCUUUAUUCAUUGUUUGAAUGAAAACGGUGCAGGCGCCGAGACACUGGAUGAGGAUGUUCGUGCAGCACUUGCACCAUUUGUCAAGAUGAAGAUGGAGCAGUUGAGGGCAUAUGACAAGGAUUGCAAAUCGUUGCUAUGA